GGAUGAAGGCAAGUUGUUUGGGGAAGUCCCUGAAGCACCUGUUGGCUUCUCUGCCACACCCUACUCCACCCAAAUAUCCCUCCGUUGGGAUCCUCCUGCUAAUGGCUCCACCCCUAUCUCCCAUUAUCUCCUCAUGUACGGAGAGGGGAGAGCUUCUGAGACCAUGAUCAUAAAUUCGGACAUAAUGCAGUAUACCUUGUCUGAUCUCAGACCUGGAACAGACUACGUCCUCUCACUCAGGGCUGCCAACGAGUUUGGAUCCAGCAACGUGUCGCUAUACUUGGUGGUCUACACUAAAAAUCCCAGUGACCCAUCCAAUGUGUUAAGUCAAGAUAUACUUCAGGUCAUUGGCCAUCCCCUCCCAAAUGGAGUGACUUUUACAGAAGGUUUGACUGGAGCUGCUUUCAAGUUUGAAGGAGAUUCCAAUGCAGGUCGACAUGCUGAGAUCAUCCUACCAACAGACUUCUCUGCCAACUUUCCUGAGUUCUCUAUCCUGAUGCUGCUACGCCCCUACAGUGGUAGCAGGGGUACAGUCUUUGGGGUGACAGACCCCUAUCAUCAGACCAUCAUCCUCAGUGUAAACAUCACAGGCAUAUCAAUAGAAGACAUGAGGAUAAGCCUCAUUCUUACAAACAUAGACUAUACAAGUGAAUCAACAGAGGUAGCAGCUUUCCUUGUGCCUUCCUUCACCAACCAUUGGACACAACUAGCAUUAAGUGUCAGGGACAACCAGGUGACUUUAUUCCUUGAUUGUCAAGAACUUGGUACACAGACGUUUGAUAAAGAUCCUGGAUGGCAUAUCAGGAUACCACCGAUGGCUCCCCUGUUCAUUGGACAUCUUGGGACAGUAGGAGAAGAUGUGCAAUAUCGGGGUGACAUCCAACAGAUUUCUAUCACCAACAGUGCCGACUCUGCAGAGGAGCAUUGUCCAAUUGAUGCAAUCUCGGGCAGCGGUUCUAUGGCACUCAGACAAAGUGCCGGAGAGGAUUGGGCCUUCGUAUUUUCAGGAAGUGGGGAUGAUGACAUACCAGGGAUGCCAGUCACAUACUCUACACAGUAUGAAUCUGAGACUCCAUCAACUCCUUCAAAUAAUGCAGGGCUACCAGCCAGUGUUCAACCUCCAUUGGAGCAGGUUGCGACCAUCCUACCAAAGGUUUCCCCUACCACACCCACUGUUCCGGCCACGCCCUCAUCACAACCAGCCGUUGUUGUACCUCCUGGAUCAGCAAUGAAAGGACAGAAAGGAGAAGUGGGCUGGCCAGGAAUCAACGGUAUCCAUGGAAACCCAGGCGUCCCAGGGCCACGUGGUUUUAAUGGUAACCCAGGACCACAGGGGCCAGAGGGACCAAUAGGGCCCAAGGGAGAGAAAGGUGACUUUGGAGAUGCUGGUCCUACGGGAUCUGUUGGUGAGGAGGGGUUACCGGGCGUGGCUGGUCCUCCUGGUGACCCAGGCAUCAAGGGAGAGAAUGGUGUUCAAGGAAUGGCAGGGCAGAAAGGAGAAAAGGGAGAGCCUGGAAUAGGUGUCCCGGGUUCUCCUGGUGCUGUACCAACCCUCAGUCUUGAAGAAAUGAUGCUUCUUAAAGGUGAAAAGGGAGAUGAAGGGUUAAUGGGUCCAUCAGGUGCACAGGGUGUUGGGGGAUCACAAGGAAUAAAAGGAGAUACUGGUGAACCAGGGCCACAAGGGCAAAAAGGAAAUAAGGGUGAAGUAGGUGUAGGUUUGAUUGGAAUGCAAGGUAAACCUGGUAAAGAAGGACCAAAAGGAGAGCCUGGACCAAGAGGGCCACCGGGAACUUCAUCUCUUGAUAGUUUUAUAGAGGGAUCUGGACUGGAGAUGAUUGCUGGGCCACCUGGUUUGCCUGGUUCUCCUGGCCGUCCUGGUGCUAUGGGACCCCGUGGACCCGAAGGUGCACCGGGUAUAGUGGGAGUUCCUGGUAUGGAUGGUGCACCAGGAAAACCUGGACCUCCAGGUCUAGAUGGAAGACCUGGACCUAAGGGAGAAUCUGGUGGUCUCACUGAGGAGAUCAUGGAUGAGAUAGCUAACUUGACUGCUGAGUUUGAGAUGGAGGGAUUGCCAGGAAUGGAUGGCUUUAAUGGUUCAAGAGGUCCUCCAGGUCUACCGGGUGUUAUGGGUCCUAAAGGAGAUCCUGGAAUGGAUGGACAAAGAGGAAUGAAAGGUGAAAGGGGACCAUCUGGUCCACUUGGAGUUGAAGGAGCAGAGGGAUUGAAGGGUGAACCUGGUCAGAAUGGUAUACCAGGUGUACCGGGCAUUGCUGGGAUACCAGGAGAACCAGGACAGAAUGGAGCCAGGGGUCCACCAGGACCAGCAGGACCCCCUGGACCUCCAGGAGCAUCUCCCCUUCUACCUCCAGGCUUCCCAUGGAGCAAUACAGCUCUGAAUCAAGACCAAGAAGGAAGUGCUGAUGGAAGUGGAGCAUGGAGUGGAACUCUACCACCUUACAUGGUUGGAGAUCCUGGUCCGCAAGGUCUCCCUGGACCAGAGGGAAUGCAGGGAGAACCAGGACUAGUAGGAGAACCAGGAAUCCCAGGAGAGCCAGGAACACCAGGGAUGCCUGGUCCUAUUGGAGAGAGGGGAGAGAGAGGGUUACAAGGACCAAUGGGAUUGCAGGGAGAUAAUGGUACAGAUGGAUCACCAGGACUUAAGGGUGAUACUGGAGUUGCUGGACCUCCUGGUCUGCCAGGAAGAGAUGGUGUACCAGGACCACAUGGUGUAGGUGUCCAAGGUCCACCAGGAGAUAGUGGUCUUCCAGGACCAAGAGGAAUCCAAGGAUUGAAAGGAGAUCCAGGGGAACAAGGACCACCUUGUGAAAUACCUCCAGAAAUACUUGCCUUGUCUGAGCGCUAUGCUGGAAUGGGUUCAGGAGACAUGGGUGGAGGCAUGAUCACCAGGGCGCCACAAGAAUUAUCUGGUAUAAAAGGAGAUAAGGGUGAUAUAGGAUUUGAUGGUGUACCUGGUAUGGAUGGUCAGAAGGGAGUUAAAGGUUAUCCUGGUCCUAGAGGACCGGUUGGUGUAGGAGGACCUAAAGGAGAUAAUGGAACCAAAGGAGACAAAGGUGAGAUAGGAUCAGACGGUUACCCAGGACCAAGAGGAGUUAAAGGAGAUAAGGGUGAUAUGUUUGUCCCAACUGAAGAAGAGAUGCUAAUGUUGAAAGGUGAUGGGGGAGAGAAAGGAAAAAGAGGAAAGAAAGGACUUAAAGGCCAGUUUGGUAUCCCAGGAAGACCUGGUCGACCAGGUGAACCAGGCAUACAGGGAGAAAUAGGACCAGAGGGACCCCAAGGACUACAAGGUCCACAAGGUCCAUCUGGAGAUGGUAACUGUGCAUGUGAUCCUACCAACUUCCCUCCUUCAUUCUUUCCUCCUGGAGAGAAAGGAUCUAAAGGAGAUCCUGGUUCUCCUGGUCCUUUGGGACCUGAUGGUGUGCCUGGAGCUCCAGGUUUACCAGGUGUUCAAGGAUUAAGAGGAUUACAAGGUUAUAAAGGAGAUCAAGGUGAUGGUGGGCUGGAAGGAAGACCGGGGGCUCCAGGGGUACCAGGAGUGCCUGGGGUAGCUGGAACUAAAGGAGAAAAGGGUGAUCCAGGUGAUUUCUAUGUGAAUGAUGAGGUAUUUAUAGGACCACCAGGUGAACCUGGUCCACCAGGCAGAGAUGGUCAACCAGGAGAGAGUAUCAAGGGUGACCCUGGUGAACCAGGCCAUGGUUAUGAAGGUCAACCUGGUAGAGAUGGACGUGAUGGUUCACAAGGUCCUCCUGGACCUGAAGGACCUCCAGGACCACCGGGUGAACCAGGUUACUAUGUGGGUAACGGCAAUGGUGUCAGGGGACCAAAGGGUGAGCCGGGAUCCCCAGGAGAGCCAGGUAGGAUGGGUCUACCAGGUUCCCCAGGGUUUGAUGGAAGACCAGGAUCUAGGGGUCCACAUGGACCUCAAGGAUCUACUGGUUAUGGAGAACCUGGACCUCCUGGUGAGCCAGGACCACCGGGUGUACCUGGAAGCAGUACUGGUGGUGAUGGGCAUGGUGGUGUGCAGAUGGCCAAGUUUAAUAGUAUCCAGGAUAUGUUGAAUGGCAUGAGAGCAUUGGAGGUUGGGACUCUGGCCUUCAUCAUACGGGUCCAGGAACUCUAUAUCAGGGUUGAAACUGGCAUGCAGCAAGUACUGCUGGGAGCUACCUUUACCUUACCACCAACCUCUGAACCACGCCCGCAACCACGCCCUCAACCAUCCAUUACAUCGAGAACUACUACAUUAACACCUACCACCACUCUUGCCCCUUUUGUGGAACCAACAGAGCCCCCUCAACUACCAGGACCAGGACUUACAGAUAGACCUGAGAUCGAGCUACCUGGACCAGAAAUACCUGUAGCAGAUCAACCUAUGCUUUACAUGUAUGCUCUGAAUACACCUCACAUGGGUUAUAUGAUUGGAGGCAUUAGUGGUGCGGACUUUAAGUGUUGGCAACAAGCGAGGGCAGCAGGACUAAAAGGAACCUAUCGAGCAUUCCUUUCAUCCCCUCUACAAGAUAUCAAAACCAUAGUUAGGAAACAGGAUCAAGGCCUACCCAUCGCUAAUGCCAAGCAAGAAGUUUUGUUUGAUUCAUGGAAUGAACUCUUUAAAGAUGAGGAAGGAGCUCCAUUCCAAGAUAGCUUCCACAUAUAUUCAUUUGAUGGUAAAGAUGUCAUGACAGAUGAUACAUGGCCUGACAAGUACAUCUGGCAUGGAUCCUAUGCCAACGGGGAAAGAAUGUCUGAGAGCUUCUGUGAAGCAUGGAGGGCAGAAAAUCAUUUUGCUCAUGGCCAAGCUAGUCUGUUAUCUGAUCAUAAACUAUUAGGACAAACUGAGUUCCAAUGUAAUAAUGCCUUUGCUGUUCUAUGUGUGCAGACUGCUCAGCUGAAUGCAAGGAAGUAAUAUACCAUUUUCUUUCCAGCAAAAAAGUUCUUUAAAAUGUAUCUAUUCAUUGAAUCUCUUUGAAUAAAGAUGCUUAGAGAUGUUAUUGUAUUUCCUGUAAGUGAAUUGGUGAUCGAUGAUGUAUUCAAGGAUGUGUAAUGAAGAUAUCAGCAGUUAAUAGAGAUGUCCUUUAUUGUCCAAUUUAAUCAGUUUCCUUGCCCCAUUUGAGCAAAUUCUUCACAGUCAAUCUUCUUCAGCUAGACAGUCUAUGGAGUGUAAAUAUAUGAAGAACAAAGUCUUUUACUCAAAGUAAUUUUAAUAACACGCUUUGAAAUCUCUUGAUAUUUCUUUGAUAUUCCUAUGAUAAAACUUUAUGAAUACAGCCAAUUUUUUCUUUAACAGGAUGGGUUGAUGACUUUUUUACGAUGUGGAUGUAAACAGGAAGAAUUUAGUGUGAAAUAAUGUAUAUUUCUUGGAGUUAAGCUCAAACUUGAUGUACCGUACUGGGCAAGUACUUGCUAGAGUAUAAAGUGUAAAUAAUUAUUUAUGUCGCGACAAAAAAAUAUUUUAUGACAAUGAGGAAGAUUUGUUAUGAAUAGGACAAGUGGUUAUAUCUUAGGAAAAUCAUCCAGAAAUUGAUGAUUUUAAGAAUCCUUCCAAUUGGGCCUUAGAUUGUCUUCCAUGUAGGUUUGUAUUUAAUAUGAAGGUGGAUGCCGCUAAUAGUAUACAGUGCCAGUUUUUAAGUUGAAAAUUGAAAUCUAAUACACUUCCUGGUUUAGUAUUCUAAAAGUCAUAUCAAUAUUAUGAGAUGACAAUACUUUAGUUCAUUAGAAAACAUUUCAAUGUGGAAAAGUAGAAAAGGAUUUUUUUUUUCUCAGUGUGUGUUUUGCAAGGUUCAUAUACUAAAGGCAGCACAACCAAAAACAUUUUGAUAAGUAUGACAUUAUCUUGAUUUUUUAUACAGUCCUUUUACUGAGGUUUAUUAUCUAUCACUUUCAUCCUGUCCGAGUUUAGAUUAUGCAAUUAUUAUUCUUUAAAAAAAAAAUUCUUCAUUAUUUUUUUAUUGUAUAUGGUUAUCAAUAAGUUAAGAAAACUCACAAGAAAAAUGAAUUCAGACGGAAGUACAAAAAUGGAACUAUUAUUCACCCGACAGGUUGGGGCAAAUAACUUAUUUUUCUCCCUUAUUUGCUCAUACAGGUAGGCUCAAAAGUUAGUGAACCCCACUACAAAAUGCACUCCAUACUGAGUUUUGAAUGUAGGCAACAACACUACAAUGUUUGGGGAGCCAAGAGAAACAAACUUUAUUGAACACUUUAAAUAUGUUCAUUUUCUGGAGGGUUUCACUAACUUCUGAGCAUGUAUUCUAUACUUCAGACCAAAAUCCCUUGUCAUGGAUUUUUUUAAGUUGGUUGAUUUUGUCCUCACUUUUUUUUAACUCAUCAAAGAGAUGUGUGAUGAAGAAUUGUUCUAUUGUAAAGCAGUAUCACACUGGUCAUAGUAUACUCAGGGGGGGACAGAAAUGGAGAAGAUUUGAACUCAUCUAUGAAAUUGUCUUUCCUAGUAACGUUUAUGUAAAAUGUUUCCUAUUUCAAACUGUUUAUAUUUAUCUCUAUGAUGAUCAAUUGAAGAAAUCAAUAGUAUCUGUGGUAUUUUUGUACAGACUAGUUAGGCAUUAUUUUUCUUAUACAUGUACUAUUCUUAUAAUCAGUGAAAAUGAGAUAUGGUUCUAAAUUAUGAUGUAUUUACUAAAAAUUUGCAAAGUUUUAAUAACUUUUUACUAGUUACUUGAAAGAUCAUGUCAAAGCAAUUAGUAUUAAUUUUUGAAAGCAGGUUUCAUUAAUUUGAGCUUUUUAUAUGUACUAAUUUGCUUUCUUGUAGGAUUCAAGAUGAACUUGCUUUUUAGGAAAAUCUGUGGAUCUUAUUUUACCUCAGUAUGUGAAAUUUACACAUACCGUGCCAAAUCUAACUAAUUUUGGUGCUAAUUUCAUAUUGCAAAGAUAAAAAAUGCAUAGCUUGUCAAGAAAUAUAUAGUAAUGAGAAAGUGAAUACUACUUGCUUUUAAAGAUUGUCUCUGUAAAUAAUUUGACUAUUUUACACCAAUUCCCCUUUUUAAUUGUAGUUUUGCUACUAUGUAGAUAUCUGGAUAUGAAAUGUUGCUGUAGGUAUUAAACACAAUUUUGAAAGUCAAAAGCUAAUCUGGUGCUAUAUUUAUAUUGAAAUUACAAAUAUUUGUGCUCAAACAUUUAUUUCUAGCUUUUGUUUCAUUUUACCCCUUUUUAUCAACUUGCAUAUUCAUUUAUAAAAGUACAUGUAGUUUUCGUACAUGUAUGAGUAGUGUAAACUCGCCUGCUUCCUGCCUUGUACUAGUUGGUAGGCAAGUAGUCAAGCAAUUCAUGGAAAUACAAUCUUUCAAACUCAAAUGUGUAAGGCAAUUAUGAUUAUUUGCAAGUUGGGGGGGAACAUAAACAAAAGAAAUAUCAUUGUUUUGCCUCCUGUAAAAGGACUGAAAUUACCCUUACUCUUUUCAAGCCACAGUUCGAUGUUGUUUUACCAUUGUCUUUAUCGACUCCUGUAUAUUUAUCUCAGGCACAAAAGAAAUAUGCUGCAUUUAACACUCACUACUCAGUUGCAAUCUUGGUGAUUUUGCAAAGCUGAUGGAAAAUCCUACUUUAUUCCUUGACAUUUUUAUAUUGUUUUUAGGCUAUUUCAAUACUGCAUUCAUAGAUAUAAGCCAAUAAAAUGUAUUAUUUUGGCACCAAAGCUUUGCCUUUAGAAAUGAGUCUGUAACAAUUUUGCUUUUGCUGCAUUAAGCAAUAAGGCUAUCAUUGGGAAAUCUUAGGAACUAUUUGAGAUUGACAGACUUUUCAUGAAUUAUUUUAUGCAAAGACAUGGCAGGCUUUGUUCUCCCCCCCCCCCUUUUGUUUAGAACAUUUCUUUUCACCUCAUCUCGCGAAUAAAAUUGUUGGAUGCUAGGCUUUUAGUUUAUUGUUUUGUUAAAAGUAUUUUGUACAAAUCAUGCUUGCCAGGUGCCUAGGCUUACUCUACAAUUUUGUUUUUUUAUACAACUCAUUAGUGCCGUUUAUGUUUGAAUGUAAAUGAGUUUUUUUAUUUGUUAUGUUCGUAUCUUAUUUAUGAAACAUUUAGGAAUUUUGUAGAUAUUUGUUUUAUCAAUAAUGUCAAGAUUUAAUUUGCAGAUGAUCUUUUGACCAUUUAUCCCUACGGAGUCAGUAUGAUUUUCAGAUUACAUUUAAAUCAAGUAGAAGUCCCAAACGAUUAUUAUUUGUUUGGCGUCACCUGUGUCUGGGAGGCGAAAAGCAAACUAUCACCAUGACCCGUAGGUCUCUCCUCCCGAUAUAACUGAUUGGUGGAGUGCAGGUGGACCACUACACCUGGGUUUCCCCCUACUCAUAUACGAAUAGUGAAGUGGGUUCUUAACGUGCAAAGGUGGUGACUCUACUCUACACGGGGCCUCCAUAUAAUUGAGCAUCUUAUCCCAUGAUCCAGUAUAUCAUUUCUAAAAACAAAUUUAAGCAAGGAACCAUAGCCACAUUCUAUAUACCAAUCUGUCUUGUUCAAAUGUCCACAAAGUGUGAUGUAAUGAAUGGGAAAUCUAUGUUAAAUUUGAAUGUUUGAAAAUAAUCAUGUAUAUCAUUGUAUGGGUCUAUGAUUAAGUUAAUAAAACUUGUUGAAUUAUGAUUGGUCUCCAAAGCUAAUCUUACGUCAUUUUUUACGGUCCCAAUGAAGUCACAUUUCUGGAUUCUGGUUACAAAUGUUUGUAAUCAAAACCUAUGCAAUAAAACAUACGUUUACAAAGAAAA